AUGGUUACAUUGGAGUCAACUUAAUCAUGGGUAAAUACAGGAAAAGAUUCAAUGAGAAGGCGAGAGCAGGUAUGCUUGCCAAACAGGCAGCAUUAAAGAAAGCCAGAAACAAACUGUAUUAUCGAGAACAAGAACCGGAUCAGGAACAGGAACCAUCAGAGACAACCACCGAUGCCACCACCAUAUUCAAUAAUGAAGAUUCCAACACAGAAAUAUUGAAACCUGUGACGGAAGAAGAAAAACUUGAACGUAAACGAGUCCUUGAAGAAACAUUAUACCAUGAAAAUGCACAAGAAUCAAAGCUCUCGAGAUCUAAAAAGAAAAGGCUUGACAAGUAUAUUGAACAUCAACUAAAGCGUGAAGAAAAGAAAAUCCUUCUUGAAAAACUUUCCCAUACUAAAAUAGAUACUUCUAAAUUGUCGGGGUUGAAAGAGUUGGGUAAAGGAAAACUCACUAAACGUGAAGAGAUGAUUGAAGCUUUAGAAUUGGAACAACAAGGAAGAGGUGAUGAGAGGACUAAAGAGAUUUUGUAUGAAGAACGUGAAGUUAAAGAUUAUGACGAGAUGAGUGAUGAUGAAUUGAGAGCAACUUUUGGAGUCAACAAGGAGGAAUCCGAGGUGGAAGAUUUUGACGAUGACGAACCGGAAGAAGAACAAGUCAAGUCUACAUUUGUUGAUAAUAGACCAAUUGGUGGGUUUGGAACAGGAUUUGGGUUUAAUAAUAUACCUGUCAUCAAGAAAGAAGCAUCAAAGAAGAAGUAUAGUUGGAGGAAAAAGGUUGAACAGGAAGAGAAAAAGAAGUUGAAAUUAGAGGAUGAACAAGAUUUUGCUAGCUCUUCUGAAGAAGAGGAAUCUGAAGAGGAAUCUGAAGAGGAAUCCGAAGAAGUAAGUGAGGAAGAAGACGAAGAUCAAGAGGAAGACGAGGAAGCAGAUGAUGCGAGUGGAGAAGAGGAAGAAAAUUCUCUGGAGGAAUCCGAAGAAGAAAGUGAGGAAGAAGAGGAAGAAGAGCAAUCAAAAUUAAUGGCUAGUAAACCAAAACAUUCAAGUAUUGCAAAAACAUUCAAACAAUGGGCCGAACAACAAAUCAGAACCCUUGAAGGAAGAGAUAAUGACCUUACAGCCACUCCACAAGUCUCAGAAGAAAUUAAAGCGCAAUAUGCCAAACAAACCAUUCGUGACGAAGACCUUGCUUCCGAUCCUGAAGAUUUCAUCCCUAUAAACACUAAACUUGAUCGUAAGGCUUUCUUUGUUGAAAUCGAUAGAGAUGAUUCUAUCCAACAGCAAAGAAUGCAACUUCCAGUUUUUGCCGAAGAACAUAGAAUCAUGGAAGCAAUCUAUCACCAUGAUUGUGUAAUUAUCUGUGGUGAAACCGGGUCCGGUAAAACCACCCAACUCCCACAAUUCCUUUAUGAAUCAGGGUUUGGAAGUUUAAACAAUGAUUUGUACCCAGGUAUGAUUGGUGUUACCCAACCUAGAAGAGUUGCUGCUGUAUCCAUGGCCCAGCGUGUUUCUAAUGAAUUAGGAAAUCAUGGUCAUAGAGUAGGGCAUCAGAUUAGAUUUGACAGUACUAUUAAGAAUGAAGGUACUGAGAAUGGUACAGCAUUGAAAUUCAUGACGGAUGGUGUUUUGCUUCGUGAAAUGAUGAGUGACUUUUUACUUACGAAAUAUUCAUGUAUUAUCAUCGAUGAAGCGCAUGAAAGAAAUAUCAAUACUGAUAUCUUGAUUGGUAUGUUAACCAGAGUUGUGAAAUUAAGGAGAAAGUACCAUAGUGAAGAUUCCAAGUAUAAACCUUUGAAGUUGGUGAUCAUGUCAGCUACAUUAAGAGUAUCUGACUUUUCAGAAAAUUCAGCAUUAUUCAAACAAGCACCUCCUAUAAUCAAUGUACAAGCCAGACAAUAUCCCGUAUCGGUCCAUUUCAACAAGAAGACAAAUUAUGAUUAUCUCGAGGAGGCAUUUAACAAAGCUUGUAAGAUUCAUAAGAAACUUCCUGAAGGAGGAAUAUUGAUUUUCUUAACUGGUCAAGCUGAGAUCAACACCUUGGUUAAACGAUUGAGACAAGAGUUCCCUAUUAAAAAGAAACAAUAUGAUGAAGAAGUUGAAGUUAGAUUAUCAGAAAAUGUUCAACAUGAAGUUGAAGAUGUAGAAUUCAGUGUUGAAGUAAAGGAUGAGAACUAUGACGACUAUGAAGAAUCAGGUUCUGAUUCAGAAGAAGAAGAGGGGUUUGAAGAAGCAGAAGAGAAAGAAGAACUUGGUCCAUUGUAUGUGUUACCAUUAUAUUCUUUACUUCCUACUAAGCAACAAAUGAAAGUAUUUGAUACUCCACCAAAGGGAAGCAGACUCUGUAUAGUAUCCACCAACGUUGCUGAAACCUCAUUAACUAUUCCAGGAAUCAAAUAUGUUAUCGAUUGUGGACGUUCUAAGGAAAGAAAAUAUAAUCAAGAAACAGGAGUUCAAUCAUUUGAAAUUGAUUGGGUAUCAAAAGCUUCAGCAGAUCAAAGAUCAGGUAGAGCUGGUAGAACAGGACCAGGUCAUUGUUAUAGAUUAUACUCAUCGGCAGUAUUUGAAGAAUUCUUUAACCAAUUUAGUGUUCCUGAGAUAUUACGUAUGCCAUUUGAAAGUAUUGUCUUGAAUAUGAAAUCCAUGGGAAUUGACCAGAUUACUAAUUUCCCAUUCCCCACUCCUCCAGAUAGAUCUUCAUUGAAACAAGCCGAGGAAUUGUUGGUUAUUCUUGGAGCUCUUGAUAAAGAUAAACGUAUUACUGACCUUGGUAGGAAAAUGUCUUUAUUCCCAUUGAGUCCAAGAUUCAGCAAGAUUUUAAUCAUUGGAAAUCAACAAGGAUGUUUGGAAUAUAUCAUUGCUAUUGUAUCUGCAUUAUCGGUUGGUGAUCCAUUUUUAACUGAGCAAGAGUUGUUUACCAACAAGACAGAAGAUCAAGUUAGAGAUUUAAAGUCAAAGUUUAACAAAUCAAGAUCCUUGUUUUCUAGAUUAGAUUCUGCAAGUGAUUGUUUGAUGUUAUUGUCUGUUGUAUGUGCAUUCGAUCACGUUGCAAAGGAUAACGUUGACCAAUUCGUACAAUCUAACUUCCUCAGAUUUAAAAUUGUGGAAGAAAUUCAGAAGUUGAGAAAACAAGUACAACAUUUAGUAGAAACCUCGACCACUGGCGUAAUCACCAAUUCAGACAAGUUGGCAGUACCUUCUAAAAAACAAGUAUCUGCAAUUAAGCAAAUGAUCGCUUCUGGUUUCAUUGAUCAAAUUUCUAUUAGGGGGGAUUUAGCAAGUUCAGAAGUGAAGAUUACCAAUAAGAUGAAUAUUAUAAACAUUCCUUAUUGUCCGGUAUUGCGAAUCAGUCAAGGUCCCUUUGUAUAUAUCCAUCCAAAUUCAAUAAUUAACAAGCGUGGUGAAUUACCACCAUCAUACUUGGUUUAUCAGGCAUUGACAACAAAAUCUCAAGUAUCUGAAGAUGAAAAUCCUAAAGUUAGAAUGAAACCUUUGGUAGACAUAACUGGAAAGCAAUUAACCAACAUUGCUAAAAACUCCAAGUUAAUAAGUUAUUCAAAACCAUUAGGUAACCCAUAUGGUCCUAAGAACAUAACUCCAACUAAACGAGAAUGCUAUGUUGUUCCUAGGUUUGGUGCGGCUAUCGGUAGUGGUGGUAUUGGAUGGGACUUACCUGCUAUUAAAAUCAUACAAGAAAAGCGUAAAGGUACCUGGGUAAAUGUAUAGACAAGCAUGUGUAUAGAAGACUGAAGUAUACAAAAAUCUUAUUCAUAUUC